GCCAACUUCCAGCGUCGUUUUGCUCUCCUCUUCUACUUCUUCGCUCCGUCACUUUUACGGAUUUUCGUCGAAAGUGCGGCCCUUGUGGAAAAAAGUUUUUUUUUUUCGCGUGAAAGUUUUACUGAUCAGUUAAUAAUUUUUUUUUUGGUGAAGUUUUCGGGUUUCUUUGGUGAGUUUUGGACCGGAUUGGGUCGUUUAUAAGAUGGAGGAUUAAAAUGACUCGGAAUAAUGGAGUUCUACGCGAAUGCGAUUGCGGAGAAUAACACGGAGGGUUCCGCCAUGACGGACGGCGAUUAUGGGCUCUUCUGCAAUGAUACCUUCGUGAGCACCAUGGACGCUGACACCAUGACCAUGAUGUUUAAUCUUAUUAUCGGUGUCUUCUUGUUCCUGCUAAUAUUCCUCUCCGUAGCCGGGAAUAUUCUGGUCUGUAUAGCGAUCUACACCGACCGGGGUCUACGACGUAUCGGGAAUUUAUUCCUGGCCUCGUUGGCCAUCGCCGAUCUGUUUGUCGCCUCGUUGGUGAUGACUUUUGCCGGCGUAAAUGACAUUCUGGGCCACUGGAUUUUUGGCAGUAAAUUCUGCGACACCUGGAUUGCUUUUGACGUCAUGUGUUCCACUGCAAGCAUAUUGAACUUAUGCGCGAUCUCUUUAGAUAGGUAUAUCCACAUCAAAGAUCCUUUAAGAUAUGGUAGAUGGGUGACCAGACGAGUGGCUUUGGCGACAAUCGCCACGAUAUGGCUUCUCGCGGGGCUGAUCUCGUUCGUUCCGAUUAUGUUGGGCCUCCAUCGGCCCUCGCAUCCCUUUGUCAUCGAAUCGGGGGGCCACAACUACCCCACCUGCGCCCUCGAUCUCACCCCCACGUACGCCGUCGUCUCCAGUUGCAUCUCCUUUUACGUACCCUGCAUUGUCAUGUUGGGUAUUUACUGUAGACUCUACUGCUACGCCCAGAAACACGUGAAGAGCAUCAGGGCUGUCACUAGACCCAUCGAAAUACCCAAUUCUACAUCCAAGAAAAAAACCAUUAAACAAAAGAAUAAGGCCCUGCAUAUUCAUCUGCAUAAUCAUCAGAGUUCACCGUAUCACGUGAGUGAUCACAAGGCGGCGAUCACCGUCGGGAUUAUUAUGGGGGUUUUUUUGAUUUGUUGGGUACCAUUCUUCUGCAUCAACAUCGUGGCCGCCUUUUGCAAAACCUGCAUCCCGGACAUCACCUUCAAGAUCCUGACCUGGUUGGGCUACUCCAAUUCCGCCUUCAACCCGAUCAUCUACUCGAUCUUCAACACGGAAUUCCGGGAGGCGUUCAAACGGAUCCUGACCGCCCGUUACCCGGAAUGGUGCUGCGGUUGCGGUCGCUACCAAUCGGUGUCCCUAAGGAAUAACGAGAAAUACGUCACCGAUUACGGGAUCACGAAAACCCUGGUGGUGAACACGCGACCGCGAAACGGGUCGUUUGGAGACUUUUUCGAGUCCAGUGAACAUUUUAGCUGCGACGAGUCGGCAAGACAGACGAGGGUCAAUUCCGCAGCAGACGUUUUGCAGGAGGGUGACGACGUCGCGGACAUUUGACAGGAGUAUGAUCAUUUGCAGGACACUAUGGUGUAAUCACUUUUAGGCAAGUUUGUUUUUUGUAGCAAAGGUUACUUUAUUGGUGUCAAACAUUGAUGGUAGCUUUGGUGCCCUCCAGUUUCAUUCCUCUUGGUUAUACAGUUUCAUUCCCCAGUAGUGAUUUUUUUUUGUCUUCAUUUUAAAUAAUGAGUUUUAUUCUAUACAUUUUUUGAUACGACUUACGGGUUAGCCAGAAAAUCAAUAAAUUGAAAAAAAAUGAUAUUUUAUUAACUGAUUUAUUAAUUGAAAAAGCAACUCAUUUUGAUAUUAUAUAUGAAAAUUUAAUGCAAUUAAAGUAUUUUAAAAAAUAAAAAAGUUUAGUCCUAAAGAGGAUUUGAACCUGCGACGCCUGCAUGUACGGUUGGCUUAAAAAUUUACAUGAGACAUGCAGGGGUCGCGGGUUCGAAUCCCACCCAUGACCUAAGUUUUUUAAAUUUUUUUUUUCAUUUUAAUGUUUAAAAAAAACUUCUAAAAUAUAAAAAUAAUCAAAUUUUAAAUUUUGUUAAUUUUUUAGACAAAAAAAGUGUAUUUAAUUUCUUUAUAUCAGUAGCAACAAAAAGUAUUUUUCCCCUUUCUUGAGUAGACUGAUUUUGUAAAAAAUAUAUAAGCAAUAAAUAAAGUGUAAUAUAUUCUAGGCUAUAUCACCAUUAUGGACCAUUUUCCAUUCAAAAUACAUUAUAUACAGUGACAAACCCCGACCAUUUCACCCUUAUACAGAAAAAACGCUUUUUAUUCAAACCUUUAUAUGAAUACUAAAAUGAUUAAUGACUUUUUUUACUUACCUUACAUAUCGAAACCAAUUUUUUCUCUUGAAACAUCAAUACAUAUUUCCAUUACUACUGUGAUGUUGCGUUGUCACAUAUCUGUUACUGUGUAAAUAGUAUUCCAUAAUUUUUGUAAAUACUUUUAAUAAAGAAAAGCCAUAAAACGCUUCUGAUCCGACUUAAUGUACAAAUAGAUUCUCUAUACAUACGGCCUAGAAUCUAAAAUGUACAUAAAUAAUAUAUAAUGACAGGGUCGCGAGUGUGAACAUAUAAUAAUUAGAAUAUAUGAAACAGCAAAUAAACAUAUCUUCUUGUAAAUAAUAAUAAUUUCUCAUCAUUGUCUGGUAGCUCAAAGAUUAUAAAUAAAUGUGUCAAUCCCUAUUUGUUAUAAAACGAUAUUUUAUACCCUUGCUAGUGUACGUUUAGUUUAUAUAAGUAAAGUGGUCACCUUGAAGACUGUAAAUAGCGUAAAAAGAAUAUAAUAUAUAAUAUCAUCAUCUUGAAUUUUAA